AUGGGGGGCAAAAAGAAAAAGGAGGACACCCCUCCCGAAGCUUCCUCCUCUUCUUCCCAUGGCCCCUACGGGGAAAAAUAUAAAUAUGACCCCUCUUUCCGUGGCCCAAUCCAGAAGAGGAGCUGUACUGAUGUCAUUUGCUGUGUUAUUUUCAUGGUCUUCAUUGCUGGCUACAUUGUGGUGGGAAUUCUGGCCUGGCUGUAUGGUGAUCCUCGACAAGUUCUUUAUCCAAGGAAUUCAACUGGAUUCUACUGUGGAAUCGGUGCCAACCGUGACAAACCUUUUCUGCUCUAUUUCAACAUCAUUAAAUGUGCCACAGGGCUGAACUUGGUGGCAGCCGCAAUGAAUGGUCUGCAGUGCCCUACCACACAGAUCUGUGUGGCGUCCUGCACUGACAGUUUCUGGGUGGUGCCUCCAACAGACUUCGUUCCUUCAACUGCCUCGGCACCUUCCAAAAUAUGGAACUCAGCUUUGUGCCAGCCGGGUUUUGACCUGAAUACUACCAAGCUGAGUGUUGCAGACAUUCUCAAUCAGCAACUUUGUCCUGAAUUCACCCUCCCCACCACGCCAAUCCUUAAUCGUUGCUUCCCUAGUCUCAACAUGUCUCAGCCUGGUAACUUUCAUGUGAAUGGUCUGUCGACCAAUGAAACCCUGGAGCACAUCAAGUCUGGUACAGAAGAGCUUCUGAACUCUAUUGGUGCAAAGAAUAUUGGACUGAAGAUAUUUGAGGAUUUUUCACGGUCCUGGUACUGGAUCCUGAUAGGGCUCCUGAUCGCCAUGGUGCUCAGCCUCCUCUUCCUCCUGCUGCUGAGGUUCACGGCCGGGAUUCUGGUGUGGAUCCUCAUCCUGGGCGUGCUGGCAGUCACUGCCUACGGAAUCUAUCACUCCUAUAUGGAAUACAGUGAGCUCAAGAAGAAGGGUGCCACCAUCCAGACCAUUGGAUUUACCACCAACCUGUCAGUCUAUGGCAACGUCAAGGAAACGUGGCUUGCGGCCUUGAUAAUCCUUUCGGUGUUGGAAGCCAUUAUGCUGCUCACCCUGCUGUUCCUCCGUAACCGGAUCUUUAUUGCCAUUGCGCUCAUCAAGGAAGCCAGCCGAGCCAUUGGGUACAUGAUGUCAUCCCUCCUUUAUCCCAUUCUGACCUUCAUCUUGCUGGUGAUAUGCGUGGCCUACUGGGGAAUGACCGCCCUAUAUCUCGCCACCUCUGGAUCGCCCCUUUAUCGCAUCGCCCCCAUGAAUUCCAGCGCCCCUGAGUGCAAAGGCGUCUCUGGCAAUGAAAGCUGCAAUCCGCUGAACUUCAAUGGCAGCUCCCACCUCCCCUGCAUGACGGAGUGCAUUUUCUACAAGUACAACGAGGAAGGCUUGUUCCAGCAGAACAUCUUCAACCUCCAGAUCUACAACGUGCUGGGCUUCCUCUGGUGCCUCAACUUCGUCAUCGCGCUUGGGCAGUGUGUGCUGGCGGGCGCCUUCGCCUCUUACUACUGGGCCUUCAACAAGCCCCGGGAUAUUCCGGCCUGCGCUGUGAUUAGUGCCUUCCUUCGGACCUUGCGGUACCACAUCGGGUCUCUCGCGUUUGGUGCCCUCAUCCUCACCAUCGUCCAAGUUAUCCGCAUCAUACUGGAAUAUUUGGACCACAAGUUGAAAGAUGCCCACAAUCCAGCUGCCCGUUGCAUUCUUUGCUGUCUGAAAUGUUGCUUCUGGUGCCUGGAGAAAUUCAUCAAGUUUCUCAACAGAAACGCUUAUAUUAUGAUUGCCAUUUAUGGAAAGAAUUUCUGUGUAUCGGCCAAAAAUGCCUUCAAGCUACUGAUGCGUAAUAUUGCCAGGGUUGUAGUGUUGGAUAAAGUAACAGACCUGCUGCUGCUUUUUGGUAAACUCUUGGUGGUUGGAGGAGUGGGUGUUCUGGCGUUCUUCUUCUUCACGGAUCGAAUCCACAUCAGCAACUCCCAGUUCCGGUCCCCAGUCCUCAAUUACUACUGGCUGCCCAUUCUGACGGUGGUGGUAGGUGCCUACUUCAUAGCCCAAGGAUUCUUCAGUGUCUAUAACAUGUGUGUGGACACUCUCUUCCUCUGUUUCCUGGAAGACCUGGAGCGGAAUGAUGGUUCUCAGGAGAAACCCUAUUACAUGUCCAAGUCCCUCAUGAAGAUCCUCAAUAAGAAGAAUAAGAAGCCCAAGGACUAGUAGAAAUAAUGCUGGGAAGAGGCAGGGGCCGCCUCCUCCUCCCACGGCUCGCCAAGUUGCAGUGCUACCGGUCCACAUCAUUUCCUGCUGUGUCCCUUCCUGAAGGCUGUUCCCGGAUUUUGGGCCCUGCGCCCCCCUCAGGUACACUCAACACCUCCCUCCUGCUGCAUCCCAGUCCCCCGUGGACUGCACACCUUGCGGCUUUGGGGCCUUGCCCGAGAAGACAGA